UUCCAGCAAACCCCUCCCUCGGCGCAAGGCUUACCUUUUGUCAAGGGGCGACGACGGGAGGAGAACAAGGGACAGCGUCAGCUUUUCUGGAAAACAGGGUGACGCAUUUGACAGUCAAGUCAGACCUUUUAUAUUUACAAGAAUAGUGAACAUUUUCUAUCCAUUAGCUCCGGAUCGCCAAAGGCCCGAUGCGGAGUGCCGCUGCUGAUCGCCACAUGGCAAUAGUUACUCUUUAGCCUUUAUGGUUGGCAGACUAGUGCUGCGAGGUUUAGUAAGUAUCAUCCCCGGACCACAGAUCUCUCCAUACCAGGAGGGAACAAAUUGGACCUCUGUAUCGUAUUUGCUUAUUGACAGCCAGUUGAGACAGAUACAGACGGAUCAUCUGUUUUCACAUUGAUCUAUUGAUCUUCAGGUCCCGUCGAGCAGGUUAGCUACAGCAGGCUGGUUGAACCGGACUCGCUCUCUGCUGUCAGGUGUAUUGUGUGUUUCGGGUCUAAAUAAUAUAUUUGGGGGCCAGCAGUCCACCAUGAGCGCCGAGGAAGCCGCCGCACCCACCAAGAGCGUCCCCGAGGACGAUGGCAUGACCUGGUGGUACCGGUGGCUCUGCAAGAUCGCAGGGGUCUUAGGAGGGAUAUCCUGUGCCGUGUCGGGAGUGUGGAUGUGUGUCACUGUGAACCCCCUGAACAUCGCUGCUGGAGUGUGGAUGGUGCUGAAUGCCUUUGUCCUGUUCCUGUGUGAAGUCCCUUUCUGCUGCCAGUUCAUAGAGUUUGCUAACGCAGUCGCGGCCAGGGCCGACAAACUCAAGCCCUGGCAGAAGGCCUUCUUCUACUGUGGAAUGGCUCUUUUCCCAGUGGUCUUGAGUUUCUCCAUCACGACAUUGUUCGGGAAUGGCAUUGCCUUCGCCACUGGAGUUCUGUAUGGCCUGGCCUCCCUCGGCAAAAAGGGAGACGCGGUCACCUACGCCCGCCUGCAGCACCAGAAACAGGGCGACGAGGAGAAGAUGACCGGGACCACAGACGAGUGAACGUCUCUCCUCACCUUUUAUCCCCCUCGCCUUUUUUCCGUUUCCCCAGAGGGACAGUGGUCCUACCCGCCAUUUUGGUUCCUCGCUCCCUAUCUCCCCCCUCCGUCCCUUCAUCCUCUAAACUUUAUAGGUCGACAGCCAACUUGUCAAACUCAUUGUAUUUAUUCACUGAGACGCUGCAUUGUGUUGUUCGGACCCAGUGCGAGCCCUCUCAAUAAACGUUAUGUGGUGUGUACACGUAGAUCACUUUUAAGCUUAAUUUCGGACUUCAGUUGAGAUUUUGGGGUUUUAUUUAAUUGUUUUUGCUACUGUGAACUGUGUAAUGUAUUCCUUGGAACCUAUGAGCCUUUCAGGGAAAUCUGAACAGAAUCAAACAUUGUUAACCUGACUAAUCCUACCUUUACCAAGGAAUGUUAUUCAGAGUGGCUCGGCCCUGUUUGUUACUCAUCAGAACUAAUGCAGGAUUAGCUAUUCUGAUUUAAAAACAUGCUAAGAAAUACUUUAAUUCCACUACAAUAAGGGACUUUUGAGCAUCAACGUAUAAUAUAUAUAUCAAUAUAUAAUACAUACUUAGUAAUUUUGGGUUGAUGAUUCUGGAUAGCAACCUAGGUCCAUGUUGGCAUCAGGGAAAUGUUUACAAUUAGGGAUGUAUUCUGUGACCCAAAGAGGAAGAAUUUCUGCACCCAUUAUGUUUUAUGUUUUGUUUGAUUUGUUUCUAAAUCGUCCUCUCAUGGUCAGUCAAAGAGUUUUGGACCUUUACAUACCGUCGGUUAUCUUCACCACUCCAUUGUGUCAGUCAACUUGGAAUGGUGGAGAUAUCCCUUUCCAGCGGACUUCGUGUUUCUGCUUUCAAGAUGCCAGCACUUACACUUUGGCUGCAGGUUGUUGGUUCAAAGCCGCCUACCAUUCACUGUAACUUUGUAGUCAUUUAGCGGACACUUUCGUCUAAGGGGACUUGCGGUGGUCUGAGAUACCAGAGACACCUUGCAGUGAUCCCAGCUACAAGCAUUAAGGGAGAUAGGGUACCUACCCUACAGGGUAUCUACAGGUAGAAUGGGAAAGCGAACCCUGGACCUUUAAUCUGGGAGGGGAACUGCCCAGCCACUACACUCCUGCCUCUACCCUGCGAUGUAAGCCUCUUGUAAAACGCUUUUGAAAUACUUCUUAACUUUGUAGUGUUCAGGGGUGAGUUUUGAUUAAGUGUUAGCCCUUUGUUGUUUAUUUAAUGCGCCUAGGUAUGACCCCCUUCCCCAAAAGUGUCUUGAUUCAGGGACUACUUGUUGUGUAUGCACAAACACAAUGGCGGCUGUGGUUUGGCCUUUUGUCAGUAGUCGGCCUGUCGCGUUGUGUGGAGCCAGUGAGUUCCUCUCCUUCCCUUACAGUGUUUGUGUGACUUGCCUUGCCUUUAUUUGUUAAAAGGGAUUGCUCAUUAAACCCUCUUGUGCACACAGCUCUUACGGUCAUGUAGUGAAGCCUACCCACUGAGCUGGGUCUUUUUACACCAAUGCCCACAGACCUUUUGUGUGCAAUGCAAUGGAUACCGAUGAAUGUGUAUUAGCUUUAUAAUGAACACAGCGUAAUGAGCCAGCGUAUUAAACAUAAACUAAUGUUUAGGCCUUGUGCAUCAACCGGUAAACAGGCAUUAAGGAUUGUAGCGGCGUUACUGCGUUGAUGUGUUUGACAUUCGAUGGUCCUUUACAUCUGAUGUCGUAAAGCGCAGUAGGGGAUAUGUGAAUGAAAUGUAUUUUGAUUUGAACUGUGUGGUUGCUGUGGCUUGGGGGAUUAAACAAGGCUGAUAAUACUGGUACUUAUAAACGCCCGCAUUUGAUUUGAUUUAUCAUGUCUUCUUUUUUUUUGUUUCUUUAAUUUCCAAAAAAUAAAAUGUCUAUCUUUGAAUUGUGUUUUUGGUUGUGUUUCAUCUAUUGGAUAAUGUGAAAAAUGUACAGACAAAUAUGGCUUUGAUGCUGAAUAGGUGUGAAGUGAAUUAUAAAGAUGGGAUUCUGUAAAAACUAAAAAUGAUAAAGAUCUUGCAACAA